AUGGUUGAAAUCUUUAAUUAUUUGCUGGAGGAGGAAGAGGACGUUCUCACGGACCAGCAGCUCUGUGACCAGGAGAGGAACUUCAGCUUGGAUCAAGAGAACCCAGAGCCACCACAGAUUAAAGAGGAGCAGGAGAACCUCUGCAUCAGUCAGGACGAGGAGCAGCUUGUGGUCAAGCAGGAGACUGAUAUCUGCAUGGUGACCCUUAUCUACGACGACGGAGAUCACAGUGAGGAUCAAACUCUGUACCUGAAUCCUGAUGAAUCUCAGACUGCAGCAGAGGAGGAGUCCGUGGUCAGCGUGUCGGUUAACAGCGCCGAGGUACAAGAACCGAACACGGGCUACCAGCUUCUCCCUCAUUUAGCUGAGAGGCAAGAUCACAUGGGAGGGAAGCACGGCGGCUCGGUAUCGACAGCUAACGCAACGACAAAACCGCAGAAAAGACUGCACAAAAGCAACGAUGUUUGUAAUCCUGCCAUGUUAAAGAACUCCUUAAAUGCAGGUCAAAAGUCUUUCAAAUGUGAAACUUGUGGAAAAGAAUUCCCGUAUAAGUCCACGCUGAACAGACACAUGACCAUACACACAGGAGUGAAGCCAUAUUCCUGUAGCUUCUGCAGCAAAAGGUUCAAUCAGCCAUCGAGACUGAAAGCUCAUAAAAUCAUCCACACGGGUGAGAGGCCGUAUUCAUGCGCCGUCUGCGGGAAAACAUUUGGUCAUGCAGAGGUAUUGAAAAGUCACAAACGAAUCCACACAGGCGAGAAGCCGUAUUCUUGUAACAUCUGCAAUAAAAGCUUUGGUUAUGCGUCGGCGAUGAAAGUUCACAGAAGAAUCCACACCGGGGAGAAACCGUACUCCUGCACCGAGUGUGGGAAAGGAUUCUUUAAAUCGUCCGCAUUGAAAACCCAUUUACGAGUGCACACGGGUGAAAAGCCAUAUUCAUGCGAAACGUGUGGAAAGUGUCUCAAAAGUAAUUACGGCUUGAUGGUCCACAUGAGGACGCACACUGGUGAGAAGCCGUUUCCCUGCGAAACGUGCGGGAACAGAUUCACGGACGCAUCGGCUUUAAAAAAGCACCUGAGGAGACACACGGGUGAGAAGCCUCACGUUUGCAGCAUGUGUGGGAAAAGUUUUUUUGAGUUGUCGCACUUGAAAAGACACACAAAAGUCCAUACAAGUUAAGAGCCGUAUUCAUGCAGAAGAUUUCAGAUCUGAUUUGUCUUUCGACUUGAGGACCAACACUGGCAAGAAGCCAUAAUCGAUCAGAUUUAUAUAUCGCUUCUACUAGGCACUCAGUCGCUUUACACUGUCAUUCACACACAUUCAUCCGGGUGGUGGUA